AUGGGGCUCUGCUCCCCACGGGCUCCGCUCCUGCGGGCUCCGCUCCUGCGGGCAACGGGGCGUGUGGGGCGGGAGCUCAGCUCCCGCCCCACACGCCCCGUUUCCCGCAGGAGCUCGGGUCCCGGUGCCGCCGUGUGCGGGUUCCGCCGGGCGGCGCUGGAGGCGGCGUUCGAGGGGAAGUUCCUGGAGCGGGACAAGGACAGCGCCCGAUGGAGCGUCCGCACCGCCCCCCCCGGAAACCCCCGGCCCGGCAGCUGCUCCAUGGGCCCCUCGUCGGACCAGGCGCUGACGUUCAUGAAGGAUCACUUCCUGAUGGAGGGGCGCGUGCCCCCCACCCAUGGGCGCCCGCUGCUGCUGAGCGCCAACGUCACCUACACCCACAUCGCCGUGCACCAGACCCACGGCGUCUCCGGGACCCCCUACCGCGUCCUCUUCCUGGUAACAGGCCGUGCUGUUCGUGGGCCACGCGGGCGGCGUGCUGGCGCUGCCGCUGUCCAACUGCAGCCAGCACCGCGGCUGCGCUGAGUGCGUGCUGGCACGGGACCCCUACUGCGCAUGGAGCGCCCAGCAAGCAGCCUGCGUGCACACGCACACGCACACGCACACGCACACGCACACGCACACGCACAGCAGCGACGGGUGAGCGGGGACACAGCCCCCACCUCACCCUAUAACCUGACCCUAUAACCUGACCCUAUAACCUGACCCUAUAGCCUGACCCUAUAACCUCACCCUACAACCUCACCCUACAACCUGAUCCUAUAACCUGACCCUAUAAACUGACCCUAUAACCUGACCCUAUAACCUGACCCUAUAACCUGAUCCUAUAACCUGACCCUAUAACCUGAUCCUAUAAACUGACCCUAUAACCUGACCCUACAACCUCACCCUACAACCUGAUCCUAUAACCUGACCCUAUAAACUGACCCUAUAACCUGACCCUAUAACCGGAUCCUAUAACCUGAUCCUAUAACCUGAUCCUAUAAACUGACCCUAUAAACUGACCCUAUAACCUGACC